AUGGCAUCUCGCCAUGUCUGUCACGACAAACUUCUUGUCAGUAUACUCCUCGGUUACGGCAACGGAACAUUUCAUGGUCAGGUGACAUAUGGAACUGGGAAUGCUCCAUAUUCUGUGACAACCGGGGAUUUCAAUGGUGAUAAUCGAACUGAUUUGGCUAUCUCAAAUUUCGCUGAUAGCACCAUCAAUAUACUGAUUGGCAACGGCGACAGAACAUUUCAGAGUCAAGUCACACAUGCAACGGGGAAGUCCCCAAUUUCUGUGACAGCAGAUGAUUUCGAUGGUGAUGAUCGAACUGAUUUGGCUGUGGCAAAUAAGGGUUCCGACACCGUCAGCAUAUUGCUUGGUAACGGCAACGGAACAUUUCAGGGUCAAGUAACAUAUGGAACUGGGAAUGAUCCAAAUUCUGUGACAACAGGGGAUUUCAGUGAUGAUAACAGAACUGAUUUACCAGUGGCAAAUAAGGGUUCCGACACCGUCAGCAUAUUCCUCGGUAGUGGCAACGGAACAUUUCAGAGUCAGUCCGCUAAUGGCACUGGGAAUUCUCCAUAUUCUCUGACAAGAGGUGAUUUCAAUGGUGAUAAUAGAACUGAUUUGGCUGUAGCAAAUUAA